AUGAGUAGCAAGGCCGCGAAACAGCUUCAUCCUCCCGCCGAAAAAGUCACUUCUUGGGGACUUUAUGGAAAAUGCGCCGCCUGCCUUAGUCCCGUUCAAUCAACAACGGUCGUAGCGAGUGGGAAACGAGUCUGCCGACAGUGCCAAGCUGGCCAAUUUACUUCUGAUCCAGCAGAUUUAAUUUUUACAGAGUCGGAUGCGACAUUCGAAUGUCCUGCUUCCAAAACUUGUGGCGCGAAAGAUCUUUCUCGCCGCCAGUUUUGGAUUGGAAGCUGCUGCAAAAAUGGUGCGAAGGAAACUUCGAUGCUCCUCGUCCAUGAUGAUGAACGAACGAAGUGCGAGUCGCUCUCGAUUGUCACCAAGAUCUUCAACGAGGCACGAGAGGACGAAGUCACUGCUGAAUGCGACGCUAAAAUGGCUGGAGAAGAACUCAUUCAAGCUCAAAAAGUUCUCCAAAAGGCACAAGCUGCGUGCGAUAACGCGAAGCAAAAAGUCAGUAAAGCGAACGAGAGCCUUCUCAACAAGAAAACAUGGCGAAAGAAAGCUCAAAAACGAGUUCUUGUUUUUGCGUCGUUUUUGUCGUUGGAGGAUAGUGAUCCAGAAACGGAGCCUGAAACAUCGGUUUUUGAGGAAACUUCAGAAGAGGAACCUGUUGUUUCCCGCGACGAACCAAAAAAGAGUGCUGAAAUCAACGAAGAGAACAAAAAGAAAAAUGGUGCGGUCAAGUUUGCUCCUUUCUCUAGUCGCCGCGGAGAAAUUACCUUGCCAGCAAAAAGCGCCAAGCAAAAAAACAGAAACUCUGAUGGAAAGCGUCACUGGAUCGAAGAACUUCCUCGUAAACUAAAGCUCUCGUCGAGUUCGCGGUCGGCAGGGGUGGCGGAUUCUUGCUGCGACGGAAGACCGUACAGCUCCUCUCGAAGUCAGUGUUGUUUCAAGCGAAUAAUUCCGAACACGAAGACGUGCUGUUUUACCGGGGAAGUGGUCGAUCGCGGGUUAGCCUGUCCAUGCGCGCCUUCCGGCGAGUGGGUACGCGUCGAGAGGGAUAGAUUGGCGACGCUCACUUCGGCCAUGGAGCAGCUCGGAAAGAAAGUCGGUGCGGCAGCGGAAGAAAACUUCAAUCAGCUCAAGAAAACGGAAGAAACAAUAAAACGAGCCGAUUCAUUCGCCACAGAGUUGGGAAAAGAGCUCUGCGACUUACUCAGAUUAAGCAUUCAAGAUCCAGAAUGCAGAAAUAUUGAGACGUCGAUUUUGGAGGACAGAUUCGAAAGGCCCCAACGACGCGUGCGACCCCGCCGAGGAGUCACAAUCCACGAGGAAGUGGUGCUUUCCCGCGACUAUGGCAGCAGCGAAUACGGGAAUGAAUACGAGUACGAGGAAGAAUACGAAGAGUACGGCAACGCCGAAAGACUUAACGACUUCGUGGAGUACGAUGCCGAGCCGGAAGAAAACUACGUCCCGCAGCAAGAACAGAUUUACUCACUUGUACAGAAAAGAGCAUCUCUUCGCGGCGAGAUUACAGGCGGCUCGGCGGCGCUUCUCCGGAGCAAGUAUCUAGCAGAGCAAUUCAAGCACGUAAGUUCUAUUCUAAGCUCCCUAGAGAGCCCCUUGCGCGAGAGUGAGUACAUCGUCGAGGCGCUAGAAAAAACGGAAAAGAGUGGUGAGUGCUCGACCGCGCCCUGGCUCUCGAACACCUCCCAGUACCUAGAGCAGUUCAAGGACUUGCAGCUGCAAGUUGAUCAACUGUAUCAAGAAGCAGGCGCCCGAGUCCUUGCCGGUCAAUCUAAGUGGAUAGCCGACAAAUACUCGGAACUGGCUUAUUGGCACGAGAGGCACGAUCGCGCGAAUCAAAAUUAUGAUAAUUAUAUCGAUGAAGAGUACGAGUACUACCAAAGCUGA